AUGCACGCCAGGGAGUCCAAGUGGCAGUACUUUCUCUUCUCAUUCUUGUCGAUACUUGCAAUACGCUAUGCGAGCACCUCCUCAUACCUUGCGGUGCCAAACGAGGUCCUGGCCGAUGUUUGCCAAACCCAGGAUCAGCCGAAUCCGAUUGCCUCUCUAUAUCCGAUGAAUGCGACAGGCACUCUUAACGGAACGAUAGCAGUCAUCCCUAUUUCACUUCAGCUAGCACGAAAGCUCAUUCCCAAACAAUAUGGCAUCUUGGAGCAUGCGUACCGCGACCUACUUCCUUCCUUUCCUGAGGGCAUGUAUCCUGCCGUUCUCCAAGCGCUGCAUGAUCACGAAGUUCAAGCUUUUGGCUACCAGAUCCCGGAUUUCACACGCACCGGCAUUGAAUUCCCAUUUGUCGAUCUGCUUGGCGACAACACUACAUCCUUCAAGUGGGCCCCAUCGCUACUCAUGUCCGCCGGCCAUGAGAUCGCCCUGAAAGGGGCAAUGGACUAUGGAACCAAUACUUUCCCCGCUUCCUUUGAGCCCUCGUGCGACGCCUACCGUGCCGUACCUGAUGCAAAGCAGCCUGGAACCACCUCCUUCAGCGCAAAGAGCGCCGACGCUGAUGCAGCAUCCAUCACCACACUGUUCUCGUCAAUACCUGAGCUACCAUAUCCACUAGCCUUGUUCAAAAAUGUCACCAAUCAACCGACCUUUGCUGAUGGAAAGACAUGCGACAACAUGAUUCGACUAUUCAAUACCAGUGUCACGACUACACCGAACCGCAUCGAGACCGUGAAGGGGACUGUAAGAGCCAAAAUACAUCCGUUCGAUAGUGAGCAAGAGUGGCGGAACGUUUACGGCUUGCGAAUGGAUACUGCAUUUAUUGAGAACAAUUACCUGCCAUGCGAAAACUUCCGUGGAUAUGGUGCACAGAAUUGA